AUGAAAGUUUUAACACACAAUAUGAUGGCAUGUACCAAAAAACAAUGUAUGGGUAAAGGUUUCCCAUUAGCAGUCGAAUGCAGUAAUUUUGAAACUUUAAAUCAAGAAUUUAAUGUUGAAUUCACAAAAAAUAUAUAUCCAAAACUCGAUUGGAAAGGUAUUAUGGAAAUGGCCCAAAAAUUCAAUAUCCCAAUAAGUGCCGAUGUUACAACUCAUUCAUUAAAAGACGAAAAAUUUUUAAAAUCAUUACACCAUUUACUCUGCAAUUUUAAAGUUAUUACAGGUUCAUUACAAUGUCCAAAUUGUCAAAGAGUUUAUCCAAUUGAUAAAGGUAUCCCAAAUAUGUUAUUAAGAGAAGAUGAAAUUUAUCAAGAUAUCCGUGAAUAA